UGCGGGGCCGCGGUGGCGCCGAGCCCUGACCAAAGAUGGCCGCGCUGCCCGGUGGGAACAUGGCGGGGGGCGGCUGGGGGGCGCGGGUGCCGCCGCCGCUGCUGCUGCUGCUGCUGCUCGGCGGCUGCCUGGACCGGCGGCCCCCGGCUGCCGCCGCCGCCGCGCCGCCCGCUGCCGUCGUCCCGCCGUCGGCGGCGGAGGAGACGGUGAUCAUCGGCCUGCGGCUGGAGGACACGGACGACGUCUCCUUCAUGGAGGGGGGCGCGCUGCGGGUGAGCGAGCGGACGCGGGUGAAGCUGCGGGUCUACGGGCAGAACAUCAACAACGAGACCUGGUCGCGCAUCGCCUUCACGGAGCACGAGCGGCGGCGGGGCGGGCGGGCGGCGGCGGGGCCGGCGGGGCGCGGCGGCGGAGGGGGCGGCGGCGGGGUGGGGGGCGGUGGCGGCGGCGCCCCGCAGCGCUGCGGCAUCCGCACCUCGGACAUCAUCAUCCUGCCGCACAUCGUGCUCAACCGCCGCACCUCGGGCAUCAUCGAGAUCGAGAUCAAGCCCCUCCGCAAGACGGAGAAGAGCAAGUCCUACUACCUGUGCACCUCCGUCUCGGCCCCCGCCGCCGCCGCCCUGGGGCCCGGGUCCGCCGGGGGGCUGGCGGGUGCUGAGGGGCCGGCCGGGCCCCCGCCAUGGGGCGAGACUACCUGGAUCUACCACGAUGGUGAGGACACCAAGAUGAUCGUGGGUGAGGAGAAGAAGUUCCUGCUGCCCUUCUGGCUGCAGGUCAUCUUCAUCUCGCUCCUCCUCUGCCUCUCGGGCAUGUUCAGCGGCCUCAACCUGGGUCUCAUGGCUCUGGACCCCAUGGAGCUGCGCAUCGUGCAGAACUGUGGCACGGACAAAGAGAAGAACUAUGCCAAGCGCAUCGAGCCUGUGCGGCGCCAGGGCAACUACUUGCUCUGCUCCCUCCUGCUGGGCAAUGUCCUGGUCAACACCACGCUUACCAUCCUCCUGGAUGACAUUGCUGGCUCUGGGCUGGUGGCCGUGGUGGUCUCCACUAUCGGUAUCGUCAUCUUCGGCGAGAUCGUGCCGCAGGCCAUUUGCUCUCGGCACGGCCUGGCCGUGGGCGCCAACACCAUCUUCCUCACUAAGUUUUUCAUGAUGAUGACCUUCCCGGCCUCCUACCCUGUCAGCAAGCUGCUGGACUGUGUCCUGGGCCAGGAGAUCGGCACGGUCUAUAACCGUGAGAAGUUGUUGGAGAUGCUGCGGGUCACCGACCCUUAUAAUGAUCUAGUCAAGGAGGAGCUCAACAUUAUACAAGGAGCCCUGGAGCUGCGCACUAAGACUGUGGAGGAUGUGAUGACUCCCCUCCGAGACUGCUUCAUGAUCGCUGCCGAGGCUGUGCUUGACUUCAACACCAUGUCUGAGAUCAUGGAGAGCGGCUAUACCCGCAUCCCUGUUUUCGAGGGUGACCGCUCCAACAUCGUGGACCUGCUCUUCGUUAAGGACCUGGCUUUUGUGGACCCUGAUGACUGCACUCCGCUCAAGACCAUCACCCGCUUCUACAACCAUCCGCUGCACUUUGUCUUCAAUGACACCAAGCUCGAUGCCAUGCUGGAGGAGUUCAAAAAAGGCAAGUCUCACCUGGCUAUAGUACAAAGAGUAAACAAUGAAGGAGAAGGGGAUCCUUUUUAUGAAGUCCUGGGAAUUGUCACUUUAGAAGAUGUGAUUGAAGAGAUCAUCAAGUCUGAAAUUCUGGAUGAAACAGAUCUAUACACUGAUAACAAGACGAAAAAGAAAGUAGCUCAUCGGGACAGGAAGCAGGACUUCUCUGCCUUCAAGCAGACAGACAGCGAGAUGAAGGUUAAAAUAUCACCGCAGCUCCUCCUGGCAAUGCACCGGUUCCUGGCAACAGAAGUAGAAGCAUUUGGUCCAUCCCAGAUGUCAGAGAAGAUCCUUCUCAGGCUGCUAAAACAUCCCAACGUCAUCCAGGAGCUGAAAUAUGAUGAGAAGAACAAGAAAGCCCCAGAACACUACCUCUACCAGCGAAACAAGCCCGUUGACUACUUUAUUCUCAUUUUACAGGGGAAAGUGGAAGUGGAGGCUGGGAAAGAGGGGAUGAAGUUUGAAGCUGGUGCUUUUUCCUACUAUGGGGUGAUGGCCCUCACAGCAUCGCCAGUUCCCUUGUCCCUGUCUCGUACCUUUGUUGUCAGCAGAACAGAGUUGUUAGCAGCAGGUUCUCCAGCCGAAAACAAGUCUCCACCUCGGCCCUGCGGCUUGAAUCACUCAGACUCUUUAAACCGAAGUGAUCGCAUCGACGCAGUGACACCAACGUUAGGGAGCAGCAACAACCAGCUGAAUGCAUCUUUCCUCCAAGUGUAUGUUCCGGACUACUCAGUGAAAGCAAUCUCAGACAUUCAGUUUGUCAAGAUCUCAAGACAGCAGUACCAAAACGCCCUGAUGGCAUCCCGGAUGGACAAAACACCUCAGUCCUCGGACAGUGAAAACACUAAAAUCGAACUGACUCUUACGGAGCUGCAUGAUGGUUUGCCAGAUGAGACAGCAAACCUGCUGAAUGAACAGAACUGUGUGACUCACAACAAGCCCAACCACAGUAUGCACAGUGAAGGAGCCAUCUAGGAGCUGACUCCCCACAACCCACCCAUCCCAUCUCCUCAGCAGGACCAGCCCUCGCUCCUUCCUGCCUCCUCCCUGAGUGUGAACACCGUUAGUAUGUGCUUGCGACACUGUGCUGCAUCCAGUGUCCUGAGACCAAAGACAUUUGUGUCCGUUCCGGGAGCAGAAGAGGAAGAAACAGGAAGAAAGGAGCAAAGAGCAAGAGAGAAUAAAGCCCCAACUGUACUUUGGGAAUGGUGAGCCACCCUUCAGAAUGACGAAAAUAAUUCUUGCAAAAUAGAAUUGUGUUUAUUUUUUAUCUGUAUUUUUGAUCCUUGUUGGGUUUUUCCUCCUCAAACACAUAUGGAGAAGUUUAAAAGCUCCUCCAGUUAUUUUUUCAAGAGAGAUCUUGUUUUUAAAAAGUAUUUUACAGAGUUUUAAAUUGUUUCUGUCCCUCCCGAACCUCAUAUGGGCUCUGUUGUGGUUUUGUGAAUUGGCUCCAAUGUCCUUAGGCCUCUUUUCACCCCUUUCUGGUCCUUUCUGUGGCCCUGUUGAAGAAGUUAGCUACUGGUACUUGUGUGUUAUUUGUGUCUUAAGAAUGAGCGAGCUUCGAGGAACCUCUGGUUUCAGCCACCUGGAGGGCCAAGGGAUGAGUGCUAUUACACUCUUCCAGUGAAGUUUCAGGGAAGGAGUGGUUACUUUGGUAUUUAAUGAUGUCUCAAAUUUCAGAAGGUUUCUGUGUAAAACAGGCAAAAGCAUUGUUACACUUACAGUUUUGUAACCUCCAUUAUGUUAUGUUGAAGAUGAUACUGGGGGGGAAGGAGUUAAUUAGCAAAACUACAGUCUCAUGGAAUGAAAGCCGGGCAUAGUUUUCCACAAUGAAGUAACUGGGUGAUUUUUUUCAUUGAUGUUCCUGACAGUUGCAUGGUGAAGUAAUGUGUGCACCCCAAAAUGAUAAGGUUUUAAGCACUCGUGUGCUGUAGCGGUCUGCACCUUGGCCAGAUGUGCAGAUGUGCAGUCUUUGCUAAAGUACACAGAACAGCAGUCCCCACCUCCCUUCAAUCUCAAGUAUUAACACAAAAGAUGCUGCUACAAUUAUGCCCAAAGUACAUCCUCCAGGUGACAGUAAACCUCUGCCAGUGCAAGGAUGGGCUCUGCUGAGGAGUCGGGACCAUCCUCUUCUCUCCAAGAACUGACAAAACUUUCCGGACGCGAGUGUAUUGCACUUCAGGGAUUCGGAGAGGUUUGUUUCCAGGCUGUUCCCAGCCAUGUUCCUUCCUUUGAGUGGAUUUAGUGCAUUUCCUUCUCUCUUGUCCCUUUUAACAGCCGUUUUAAGGAUAAUCGUGGUAGCAGAGCGCCUCCCACCCAGCUGCCACUACUGCAGGGCACCCUGCGUUGGGCAGCAGAAACUAAUUCCUCCACCCCAAAAACCUGAAUGCAGACUGGGUGCAAGCAGGAGGCACCCUGUGGCAGUUGUGCAUCACACAUUCCCGACUCCUACAGAUGGAGUCUAAGUCCUCAAAUGAAGAAAAAAAGAGUCAUCUCCCCCUGAUCCUCUCCCUUUCCAGUACUCUCAAACAAAAUGUGAACUUUGCCCUUGGUAUCUGGAGUGAUUCAUAAAUCAGGCAUUGCAGUUUCUCUGUUUGGAGACCCUUCUGUGGCCCCUGGCUAUGUAGCAUUUCCCUUCCUUUCUUUAUACCUAGAUAAUCUCAUCUGACCCUCAAAGAAGCCCCCAGCCCCAAAUGCAACGGCCAGAGUGCUCUGUGCCUGCCCCGUCUCUCCUGCUUGUGGGCUGGGGAAGUUCCCAUGGUCUGUCUUUGUGAAUGGUGGCAGGAAAGGUGCAAUAUUGUGCUGCAGGAUCUCCUCGCAGGAAACUGGAGUGUGUGGUGUCAGAGCCGAUUUGGUCUCUGUGUGUGUCUUCUCCUCUCUUGUUUGGCUUUAGAAAGCAGCCCUAAUUUUUGCUGUCCUCCCCAAUGGGAAAGGUGCACAUAUUCCUUGGAGCCACCCAUGAGGGUGAAGUCCCCACAAGGGGGCAUAGAAAUCGCACAGGAUCUAACGUGUGCACCUAGCAGGAGGAAACAGGGCCCCCAAACCUUACUAUCACAUUUAGCUUUGUCAUGGUUUGACCUCCCAAUGUAUAGAGGUGAUGGCCAUGCUGGAAGCACAAACCAGACCAGUUUCAUGAUCAAUGAGUCUAUUGUAUUACAAGUCAUUACCAUGAAGUACAGUGAAACAAGAACCUUAGCCCAGGCCCCCCAGCCGAUAAACGCUAAAACAGCAAAUAGUGGCUGUAAGUAAGGUACAACAUGCUGAAACUCUGAGAUCAAGCGCAACAAGUCUGAGAGCCAAAUAAUCACCAUUGUGACGAGUAGUAACAAUGAAUGCUUAUCACAAAUAUGAUUAAACACACUCUGGUCAGAUCUGUCAUUAUCUCAACCUUUCGAGCCCCACGUUGGGCGCCAAAAAGAACUGUCGUGGUUUGAUCCCAGCCGGUAACUCAGAACCACACAGCCGCUCGCUCACUCCCCCCUUUCCUCCCCCCACUCCCGGGGGGAUGGGGAGGAGAAUCGGAAGAAUGUAACUCCCACAGGUUGUGAUAAGAGCAGUCCCGCAACUAAGGUAUAAUGCAAACCACUACUGCUACCACCAAUGAUAAUAAUGAUUAGUGAAAUAACAAGGGGAGAGGAUACAAUUGCUCACCACCCGCCGACCGAUACCCAGCCCGACCCGAGCAGUGAUCUGGCCUUCCGGGUAACUCCCCCCCGGUUUAUAUACUGGGCAUGAUGUGCUGUGGUAUGGAAUAGCCCUUUGGCUAGUUUGGGUCAGGUGUCCUGUCUCUGCUUCCUCCUGGCUUCCCCUCCUCCCUGGCAAAGCAUGAGACUGAGAAAGUCCUUGGUUGGAAUAAACAUUACUUAGCAACAACAAAAAACAUCAGUGUUAUCAGCGUUGUUCCCAGGCUGAAAGUUAAAAAACACAGCACUGCACCAGCUACUAAGAAGGAGAAAAAUGACUGCUAUAGCUGAACCCAGGACAAGCUUAUUAAAGUUUUUUGACUCCCAUCUAAAAGCAUUUCCGUAGUCUCCAUCUUUGCUCUGACACACGCUAGCCCACCACCGCUGGGAGCACACAGCUCAGCAUCGGCAAGGGCUGACCCGAGCCCUGCUCAUUCCCAGAGAGCUGCCAAUAUUGCACCUUUCCUGAAAAGCAAACUGUUGAGAUGUUCCAGCGUUUGUCCUUGGUGAGGGACUCGCCAGUUGUUGCCUAGCGUUGCUGAAUGUAAAAGUUUGUCAGAAGUGUUUGACAUGGUGGUGAACUUGAGAUGCAGUAUCCGUUUUGUCAAACCUGCCGAGGGAGGGAAGGCUCAAGUCAAGGCAGCUCUCUCUCUGGGAUGAGGUUGCUCGCUGGAUCUGACUUCUGCUUCUUGUGGCAGGUUAUGGAUUUGUUUCAGUGUCUGUUUUCCUUUUUAAGAAAAAGAAAAAAACAAAAAAAAAAAAUAAAGGCAAAAAAAGAAAGCGCCAAAUUUUCCAACCAAAGCCAUGUGAUCCCAAAGCAAAUACCUCCUGCUUCUGCCCAUGCUGCACUGUUCAGAAUUUGCAGGCGAUUUUUUGCAUGACUGUUUUUCAUCAUUUGUACAGAUCCAAUGAUGGAAAGUGAAAUAAUUUCCAUAAAAAUAGUUGAUUAUAGAUGUGUUUCAUAUGGAAAAUAUGUACCUGACCCAGAGGGGUUAGGAGCUGCUACUACUAAUUAGCUUGAAGAACAAAGCAUGGUCCUCUCCCCGGAGGGGAAAGAAUCCAGUCUCCCUGUUCUCAGGGUAUUUACAGUUUUACUGUUUAACAAAUGCAAGGGGUUCCCAGCCCUCGUGGUGGGAACCAUCACAAGCAGAGGAGUCCAGCUCAGGAUCGCUUCCGAGCCUCCAGACGGCGUUUGCUGGCGCCCGGGCUUGGCUUUCUCGACUGCAAUGGAGAUGCCGUGGCAUCUGAGUCUGUGCCCUUGCAGGGGGUGUCCUGCCAGAGCAGGUUCUGCUUUCUCUGCCUUGCUGGCUGCCUGCCUGCAUUCAGGUGGGCUCAGAUGCCGUGCUGCAGUGCCAUAAGGACGCGUGGCAGGGCUGCUCGUCAUCGCCGCAGCACAGGGCACCAGCUGGUGGCUUUGGGAAUCGUUGGACUUGUCCUCAGACCUCGGCCAGGCUUUGACUCGUAGAAAGGAUACUGCAUCUUCCUAUGUCAACUCCUACUGCCGCCUUUGUUCCCCUCGUCCGUCUGCCUCUGGGCGCAGGCAGAGGGGCGGACGGUGGCCUGCUGGCCGGGGAGGCUGGGAGGGCAUCUAGCCAUGGUUUCUACUGUCAAUACAAUUUUGCACAAGAGUUCUUUGAAGUGAGGUUUUCAACACUAAUAUCUUAAAUGCACAACUGUGAAUUAUAACUUUUACACUCCUGUUGGUUGAAAUUCCUUUAAAUGAAAUGAACCUGAAUCUGUUGUAACUAUGAUUUAUUAUUUUUUUUAAUUCUGUAUAUUGCCAAAUCUUUGUAAAGAGUGAAGGAAUGUUCUUGCUUUCCAGUGAGAAUCUUUCUCCGAACGAGACUGACUCUGGUGAUGUGGAGAUCAUACGAAGCACACUAGUUCUGAGUGGAGAGGGACUCUGGGUGGGCUUAGCAAACCAACCUGGGCCUCUCUAUAGAGCCCAAGCUCGGACCUUCCAGAGUUUACAAAGCGCUUGUUGUUCUAUUCUCAGCUUGUCCAGUCCCUGAGAUCCCUGUGCAGGUGAAGGCUGCUGCCCCGGCAGAGCUCAGGACGGGUGAGGGAUGAGGGGUGCUGGCAGGGAGCAGGGGCCCCUGGGCCAGCAUGGCAGGAUAAGGUGCUUCCCCCAUCCAGUAGCACCAGCAGAGCGAGCUCCACAGGCAGGUCCUUCCACCGCUCUCCAGUUCUGCUCCAAGCCUGUAGUCAUGUGUAGUUCCCUCUCAUGCUCCUGUUGCCCCCACGCACGUUCCUGCUCUGGACUGAGCAGGGGUGGGAUGAUGCUGAGAUGCGUGUGGGGCAGCUGGAGCUGGCUACUCAAGGUUUGUAGUUCUUGGGCCCUGCUAGAAUAGGGGUCAGCCACUCAUUCACAUUGUACUCACUGCUCUGUUCCUCCUCUCUCCUCCUGGACCUACUCCCCUUAUCCUCACUGCAGUUUGGUUUGGUUUGGUUUGGUUUAUUUGUUCUUUUCUUUAAGUGCCUUUUUGUGCAGCAGAGCUGGCAAGAGCAGGAGUCUCAGGAUAUGGCCCUUUGCACUCACCUCAGGUGUGGAGAAAUCUCAGGGGGAGCAGGGUGAGUUGCCCAUGAUGGCACAUAGGCAUCACCUGUCACUGCUUCUCAGCCUUCAGCACCCAGCUCAGAUGAGGAUGAGAUUUUGGCACUGGUGGUGUCGAGCUCUGGCUCAAAUCAGCUCAAAGAAAACCAAAGAGGUAGCUUUGUGUGAGGGGCUGCUCGGGCAGCAGUGGUGCUUCCUGUGAUCUCUGCAGAGCUCAGCCGAGGGGUGUGGAUGGCAAAGAGCAGCGCUGUCGUCUCAUGAGCAUCCCAUGUAAGUAUCCUACAUGAUGGAGAACACAGCCAUGUUCUCCAGGACCCCUUGGAACAUGCAUCCUCCUUGUGCUGAAAUACACUAUCUAUAGAAAUCAUUCUCACAUGAAAGAUGUACCAUAUUUUAUAUGAUGCCUAAUACAAAUGCCUGUGGUUUUAAAACUAGUACCUGUGUACCAGUUGUCAAGUUAUCCAGUGUCUGGAUUACCAGUAGAAAACUGGGGCUGGGGGGGCGGGAAAGAAAGCUACAGAAAGUACCUCUUGUUGUGCAGUUAACUGGAGGCUUCAUCCCAAAGGUGUCUGACCAGCAUUGAGGGGUCAUACUGUGUGCUGCCAUGUGUGAAGCUGGCACAAAGCAGAAAACCAGCAAGUGCUGAAAGGCUCGAUGUGAUACAGCCCUGGGCUCGCUGCCUGCCCCACUGCCUAGCUCUGCACUGUGGCUCAAAAUAGACCUGCAGUACCACGUGGUCCAUGAAUGCUGAGGGUUGGUUUGGCGCAAUAAUGAAAUUACAAGCUUAACUAAUGUGAUUGAAAGCUGGGCAUCUUUUCAUGGCACGGAGGAGAGAGCAGCCUUCAUCUGACUUGACCAGCAGAGAGAAUAAGCUUUACACUGCAAGCUGGGCUGGGAAGCCACCCUCAUCCCUGCUCUGUUGUUAUACUUCAUCCAUCAGUUGCAGGUCUCUUGUUGGUGCGUUGUGUGUUGAUCUCUGUGGUGGUACUGGCCUCACUCCCAUGUGUUGAUAUCCAUGGCUUCCUGCAGAGCUGCCUGGACAAUCCCACUCGGUGUCUUGCUCUUGUCCUGCAGCCUGGCUUCACGCUGGGUUGUGUUCCGCCACGGGUAGUUUCAUAGUCAUGUCCUUGAGGCUGUGUCCAGGCAAAAGGAGGCUGUUGCUGCAGGUCCAAGGUGGUACAGUUGAGCUUUUUGGUCUGGUUGUGCAUACUUGAUUUUCCAUUAGAAGCAGGUUGCUGAACCUGGGGAGGCCAGAGCAUUCCCUAGGAGGAAGCCUGGAAUGCCAGGUUAUCCCAGCGCCCUUCCCUGAGCUCCAGGGAUGGGAAGGGGUUGCUGAAAAGCUGCCUCCGGCCCACGGCACGGUACAGGUGAUGGAUGGAGGUGGUUCACAGAUGUAGCAUUUAACUCAAAGUGACAUCUUGUUCUCAUUAUCCUGAGGACAGGCUCCAGAGCAGUUCUGCACCUCAGAAAUACGGUACUUCAAGCUGCGAGUCUUCUGUCUCCAGCUGAAAAGCAUCUUUCUGCUCUCUCCUGAGGUUUCUCCUUUGGGCCCUGUUUUCCUCUGAGCAGGGCUGAUCACUAGGGUCCUGCAGAGGACAGUGUCCUGGCUGCUCGCACCCCUCCGGCAGAGAUUUCUGGCUAAUGAAGUGUUUGAUGUUUAAUUCUCCCCCCAGCAGGAGAGGUUGUGGACAGAAGCUGCUGCCUGUCAUGCAGCCAGGCUUGAGGUUUGUCAGCUGUUGUGAGCCAAACAGUGCCUGCAGGUGGCUCUGAUGCUCCAGGGGUGGAUCUGAUGUCUCUGUUAUCUCCUCCUGGAAGCAGUGCAUCAGUGGUCAGUAGCAGGGUUUGCUGAGGAGGAAGAGCUGGUCCCAGCAUUUGGUGCUUGGCGGAGCAGCACAGCAUCCCAUUUCAGCUGUUUGGUGCCUGCAGAGCUGUAUAAAAGGAGGUAUUUUUUUAAUCCUCUGGGCAUCACUGUUGUACCGAAUCUUUCCAAAUUCAAGUUAGAAACUUGCAGGUGUAAGAUAAGUAGCCUGGAUCAUGGGCCUGUAGUUGGAAGUGGCAAUAGUGAACGCACGCCUUCUGGAUUCACCCAAAGAUCAGUGUGGAGGGUGGAGGGGGCUCUUGGUGAGCUACUCUGUUCACAGAAGUGAGAGAGUGGCUGGGCCUAGAUCAGCUCUAGCAUCCUCUCUGUUUUAAAGUCUCAGGUCUCAGCAGGCCGGGCUGGGCUGGUUUGGCCGGUGGGGUUUUACCCAGGGUACAUGCUCUGUCCUUCUGCAUCAUGCUGGCUUGGAUUCAGCAAUGUGGCUGCUGCUGUGGCAUCAGCCGUGGCCGUUCCUCUGCUCUUCUCACUGUGGUUCAGUUGAAAGUGUUCAGGAAGGUGAGAGGAGGAGGUGCAGCAGUCAGCUGUGGCCGUCCUGUCUUUAUUCCUCACAGUAAUGGUGGGAGAUCCUGCUCAAGGGACUCUGCCUUCCUCACUGUCUGAAAUUGAGAGUGCAAACCCUGCGGGAUCCCAGCACCAGUGCUCCAGUCCCAUUUGAUCCAUGCUUUCCUGAGCACAAGGGUGGCUUAUGAGCAGCGCAGGGCCAGGUCCUGCUGAGGGACUCAGAGCCCUUGACAUGUGCUUUGUGCAGCUGCAGAGCCAGGCUCGACACCUGGAUCACGGGGCAGGCACCCAGAUGCCAAACACUGAAUCAGAGAACCCAAAUACUUGAGAAGUGUUCCCAAAAGCCAUGAGCGGCUGGAGCCCUCACACCAAACCAUGCUCCUGCGGCCGGGUCCUUCCCCACGGCUGCUGUGGUCCUCCUGCUCUCCAUUCACGCCAGUGGCUCUUCCCUGUGUCCUGUUCGCCAUCGUACGUGGUCUUUGCGAGUUGUAUCAUAUUGUACAUGACUUGGGGUUGCCAGAGUUGUAGUGUUCUGACUACAGUAUUUCCAUGUGUGUACAUAAACCUGAAUAAGCACAACUGAACUCCUGAAUGAAGUGUAUACGUUUCAUAUACUGAUUGUCAUACAAUGAAUUUUAUAAUUAUUCCAAUUUUGUUGUAGAUUUCCAAUCUUUCCUAUUUAUUUUGUACCAGAUUUAUUUGUAUAUUUUGUGAUUUUGUUUAAAAGCAUUUUGUUUAUUUCUAUUCUUUUUAGAUAAAUGAUGAUUUUUUUUUUCUGUUGAACAUUCCAGUUUAUGCAUUUUUCCCUCCUCCAUGCUCCCCUCCUCAUUUCCAAGGGAUGGAUUUUGGCACACGGGUGGUGGGGCUGAUGUUGAUGAUCUCUGACCCAGACCUCUGCUAUUGGCACAUCAUUGCUCUUUAAUCUCUAAUUCAGCUGUCAAGAGCCACAGAGAGGCUGGAUACUGUUCCCCUUAGCGCCGGGUCUUGCUCUUUGCUUUGGUGGGUCUGGGCCCGAAAGUCCUCGAGCCGGGGAGGGCUGUGCUGGUGGUUUUGCUGACCAGGAGCUGGGAAGCUGGUGGCAAUGGCAAGCAGCUGACUUUCUGAAGUCCCCUCAAGGGUGAGGGCUUUUUUCUUCCACUAAUAAAACCCCCUUAUUUACAA